AUGGAUUCGGACACCCGGAGUUAUUCUCCAGCGGUGAAAUUCUGCCUGCUGUUUGCUUAUCGAUACAUUCGUCUCCUCAGAAAUCUGAUCGCAUUUGUCCGGUACAAACCAAUCCGUCCAUCGGGUCAUGACCUGUCUUUUACUGCCAACAACGUUGCAGUUAUCAUACCUACCCUAGAAGGCUCGGGAGAACAGUUGGUUAACACUCUGGAGUCAAUUCUGAAGAAUGAACCUCAACAGAUCAUACUGUCAACCAUUGAUGAAAAUCGACAGAAAGCUGAGUUGAUAGCAACAUCAAUGCAGAAUCGCAGAUCCAAAAUGGAAGUGACAAGUGUUCCUAGACCAAAGAAAAGUCAUCAGAUUGCAAUUGCAAUUAAGAGGGUUUGCACAGAGUUUGUUAUCCUUGCAGAUGGCGAUGUUCUGUGGCCUCCAUGCCUUGUGCCAUGGAUUCUUGAUCCUCUCAUGGGAGGUGUGGCCACAUGCCAGCGUGUGCAGGCACCUAACAACCCAAGGAUCUCCCAGUACAUCUGGUGGUUCCCUGGGCGCAUUGUAUCUAGAGCGAAGAAACUUCGACUGCACUGCAACCACUUAUAUGGGAUGGAGGUGUUUCUCUGCCUCUCCGGCCGAACGGUUGCCUAUCGCGCAAAGAUCCUUCAAUCUUGCAAGAAAGCUUUUGUCAAGGAGGCCUGGUUUGGCAAAUUGCUCAACGCAGAUGAUGACAACUCCUGGACGCGCAGGAUGGUCACUCACGGAUACAAAACCUACUUCCAAUCCCAUCCCAAUGCCGAGGUUCUCACAACGCUAGAGGAGAGUCCGAAGUUCCUCAAACAAUGUGUGCGAUGGUCCAGAAGCAACUGGCGAAGUAAUCUGCGCAGCUUGUUUAUUGACCGGGCUGUCUGGUGGACGCGUGGGGAAAUCGCGAGGCUUUUCAAUUUGCCCAAACCAACGACAAUCGCCAAAGCAGCUGCGGCAGCUGACCGAAAAAGACAUUUCUGUUCCCUUCCUUUGCGGAGCUCAAAGUGGGAGUUUCAGAAUGAGUAUGGUUUGAGACAUGCUGGUGGCCUAAUCAAGGGAUGGGCUCACGUGGCUUACGGUCCCAAUAACCAGCUUGCUGCAUAUUUCGUUGGAAGAUGGCCCCUGGAGCAACCAGGUCCGGCGGUCACGCCACUGGUCACGGCACCUGGUGCUGCUUCUUAUUCUGCCAGGCAAACGCCGUCGGUCGAGAUCUCGUUCAUCAGUCAAACCCAAGUCCCGUACAGAAUCAAAUGA